GAAUGUGAAUCAAUUUUUUUUAACUCGAAAUCGAAACUUUGUCGAUUAUAUUUAAGAAAAUCGCAGAUGUUAAACUAUCAGAAAUUCCAUGGAGAAUGUCUCUAACUUUUAUACCAAAGUAGAGUAACAUAUUUAUUUACAAAGAUGCUAACACACGAAGCAUGACACGUCAAAUUGCCGAACGUGUUCGAAGAAGGACUCAGAAAGGACUCAUUAUUAAUUUCGCGGAAGUUAGUGUGCACACGGGUUAAUGUUCCUGUCUCUCCAACUAGAACGACGAGGAGAAUACACGAAGUUAUCCAAGUAUGAACAAGGGAAGAUCCGGUGCGACGGCCACCCGGAAAAUUUUCAUAGAGUUCACGUCACAAGGAUUUCGCGUUCAAUAAGCUUCCAGAGCACCAAUGGCAUGAUUGCAAGGCAAUUUUUUGUUUUCAAGCCGCACUGCUGAAACUUUCAUAGAAAAGCAAAACAUGUUUUCUGGAUUCCAAAAAACAUCCAAUCAACUAGGACCAAGGGUAGAAUUGCCCAUAUUUGUCGAAGAGGAACGAUGCCAGUUGCAGAACAAAGGAAAAUGUCGGCCGAAGUGAGAGCUGGUCGACCUACCAUGCCAACGAUUCCGCACUCCAAAAGGCCAACAAUUUUGGUAUAUCCGACGGUUACGCCGGAGAGCAUAAUCAUACCUAUCGUGUCCUGCAUUCUGGGAUUUCCGCUGUUAGCGUUAAUGGUAAUUUGCUGUUUACGGAGGAGAGCGAAACUCGCCAGGGAACGGGCUCGGCGAAGAAACUGUGAUUUGGAUCAUGGCGCAUUGAGCCUCGUCCGUUUCAGCCCGGUUCAUCGCCUAGCUGGCAUUGAUCGACCGGCACGUACUGUGUCCUUAAGAGGUGAUAGAGGAUCCCGAGCCUUCUCAUCUCUAGAGUUGGACACCGUCGUCGAAGAGCGUUCAGAUCCCGAGCAGAGCACCGCUCUCGAAUUAAGUAGUCCUGAUUAGCAUCCGGCUUUGGCACCGUCGAGAUCUCCACGACCAUCGAAAUCUUUGGCGGUGCCGUUGCCUGUGGAUCAUAGUCCGCUGUGGACGGCUUUGACACACGCUAAUGCGGUCUCUGCGGCGUUAGGAGACACCUAGCAGGAGGUGAAAGACGGCAGCUAUAUCGAAAGUCUCGUCCUAGAUCUGCCAAUCAUUUACUGACCGGCCUCUCUGAAAAUGUCUCUUGGAGCAUCGGAAGGAAGUUGGACAUCUUUACUCAAGCACUACCAUAUCGCGAUAAUGACUGUGUGAAAUAUCAGAAAAAUAUACAAUGCUUUUAUGUCAAGAGAAGUAAAUAAAACAAAAUUUACAACAAAAUGAUGUUCGAAAAGUAGAGCAUCGUAUUCCUUUCGUGCGAAUGUGUGCGUGUGCAUGUAUGCCGCAACCAAACAUUAUGACCAACGUGAAAUUUUGUACUAUUUGCGUGACAUUUGCGAGUAGAGCUUUUUACACGAUAGUUAAAAUCCGAAACGUACCCGGUCACUGUAGGAAGUAGCUGGUCUACAAUACUAAUGUAUAUCAAUGUAAAUACAGAUUUUUAAUUAAUGUACAAACGAAAUUACAUGAAUAAAGUUAUUAUUUGUGACUGUAUUAUGAAGAUUGAUACUGUACACAAGUUAUCGUUCGAUGUACACUUUUAUGUACAUUUUUAUAUUUAGUUGAAUGUUCGAUG